AUGUGAGUAUGGUGUGUUUAAGGCUGUUUCUGUUGGAAGUAAAAGGUCUUGUGUGGGAAUCUAUAAAAGUAGUCCAUGCUGCCGUCGGAAGCCACACACACUCUCCCUCGGGCUGCCAGAAGAUCCAGAGAGUGAGGGUCUCCCCUUCCUAGCCCUGGAGUGGGACUCACAGUUCCCUUCCACACCAGCUCAAGAAAAUGGUCAAUCGCCAGAUAACAAUAACUUCCUGAAGGGGAAAGAUGAUGGGGAAGACGAGAAAGAGGAUCGACUUGGAAGUGAAAAUUUCAAUGGGCAGAGUGCAAGUCAUCAUGGGUGUUAUUCCUUGGAAAACGACAAAGAAGCAGGUGUUUCUGGCUUCACCAGAGGGAGUAAUGGGGAAGAAAGUAAUACCAAAGAUCAGAGUAAAAAGGAAGACAAGAAAUUGGAAGAAGCAGGGGACAACAGUGGUGGAGGGAGUCAAGAAGGCUACAGCGGCGAGGGAGGAGGAGGAGGUGAUGGUGGGGGAGGUGGAGAAGGGGGAGGGGAUGGCGGAGGGAACGACGACAAGAAUGGGAAAGAAGCAAAGGAAGAGGACGAGGAGAGCAGCCAUGAGCCAUCCAGUGACUCAAGUGAGGGGCUGCUGACCACAAGUGCUGGGGAAGAGAAGAGCAAACAUGAGGACCCAGAAGAGAUGGAAAUAGAUGUAGCAACUGGUGGUGUUGAAAUUGGUUGUUCACAAGGGGAUAUGUUUGCUAGUCAAGAAGUUGCUUCUCAGAAAGUUGCCCAACCAAGAGCAGAAGUGUCAGGGAUGACACUAACUCCGGCCACAUCAAUGCCGAUCCUCCAGCUGUCACAGGGAGAGGAAGAGGAGGAGGAGGAUGUUCCUCCACCUCCAGGAAAGUUCCUCUCAGGCACACCAUCUGCAUCUCUGGCCCUUGGAUCAUCACAGUCAGCUACAUCUACGUCACCCACAAAAAGGAAACGGGCAGAACUGGAAGAUACCUCAUCAGAGACAGAACAUUCAGAAAUUCCUCUUAAGCAGAGACGAAUGGAAGAGGCUAGCAGUGACUCUGGUGAAGACCGAGUAAUUGUAGACUACACGACAUUAACCAGGAAAGAUGUGGAAAUCAGUCCAAAGCAACAGAAGCCCCCACCAAGAGUUGUAAAACCAACCCAUCUCUUGGCAGCUGCAAAACGAAUUACCUUUAGUUCUGAAGAUUUACAGACGUGUACAGAGAGGGAAGACCCCCUGAGGCAGCUACCCGUAGAUACAGAAGAAGAAGAGAGUGAGCAAGAGAAAGAUCUUCCAGUGAGACAGCCAGUUGAUACAGAGGCAGAAAGCAGUGACUCUCAGAAAGUUAGUGAUGAUACUAAGAAAGGAGACACUGCAUCAAAAGCGUUAUCUGAUAGUGAGUGUGAAGAUAGUGAUAUUGAAAUUCUGGAGGAUAAGGAUCGUAGUAUAGAAGUUUUAUAUGAAAAAUCUAAAGGGAAGAGCUCUCUUGAACAAGAGAUAGGAUCUCAAGACUUCAGCUUGAUGUUAUCUGGUGCUGAGCAUGAGUCAGAGUACCCACAGGCAGGACAGAGAUUUUCUGAGGGGCAUAUCCUAACUGAAGAGGCAGAAAGCCAGUCACAAAGUUUAUUGUCAAUGACAGAAUCAGAACAUCUUCAGUGUCAUGACACCAUGUCUUCAAGUAGCAGUGAGGGUAGUCAACAUGCACCUGAAACACUAGUAGGUAGCAUGCCAGCUACCCAGCUUGAGGGGAUUUGUCAGCCUAUGGUCCUUUCACAGCCAAACAUUGAUCCUCUCAUAUCAUUACCAAUUUCUUCUGCAAGAGAAAAGGAAAAAGACUCUGAUAGUAGCGGGGAAAUUUCUCCAAAGGAAAAAGACAUUGAAGAGGAAGGAAGUAAAGAAAAGUCUGAGUCACAGAAGAAAGUCGAUGAAGAAAGUGAAGUGGCUUCUUCCAUGGAUAUUUCUCAAAAAGUGGAAACAGCAAGGCUUAAGAUGCCUGAAAUAUUUACUCCAGCUUCCCAAGAUUAUGAGGUAACAGAGGAGAGUGAGUCAGUAUUUACAAAAGCAACCAAAGUAGCUCAGGAAAGAGCAGAAAAAGAAAAAAAGAGGAUGGAAGAAGAGAAGAAAAACCAAGAGACACUAGAAAAGAUGACAAGUUCAGGUAGUCCCUCAUUUGAAAGUCUAGGAACAUCACCAAUAGAAGAAGGACCCAUUAAAGAGACUGAAAAAUCCAUAAUCGAGUGCAGUAUGACAGGAAGUUCCAAUCAGUCUACCCCGGUUUCCAGUUUACAGCCUACACGUUCUUCACAUUCCACCCCAGUUACCAGCCAACCACAGCGCAAACUCUCUCAGAGUGCCACUCUUUUUGGCUCGGCAAACAAAGAAUCUACUCUUAGUUCUAGUCAGUUAAGUGGAUCGCAGCAAGUUUUAGCAGAAGAAACUGAUAGUGAAGAUGAAGGACAGCUCAAGCGCAAAAGAAAAAAGCAUCGUCCCACAGCAGAGUCGGAGCAGCCAGGGAAAACAGCAUUGCGGGCAUCUAACAUCAAGGCAGAAUCUAGAAAGACCUCCACUCCAAACACCAGCCAGGGAGUUAGCCUGAACAUCUCAGGUGAUGGAAGUAGUUACAUUGAUAAAGAGCAAGCUGGAAUCCUGUCUGGUACUGAAACUUCAAAGUCACAUAAUACCUCAUCAGAGCAGUCGGGAGUUGUCAAAUCACCAGAUCAGAGUGCAUCACCAGGAAGGAGGGCAAGCACUCCAGACACAGAACUUCUUCCAGAUGUGGAAAGAAUUCACUCAAUUGAAGAGCUACAAAGAGCAGGAUUUAAAAUCAAUCGACAGCUAGACCCAGCAGAAGUUAUAGAAUACAUUCAUCCAGUUACAAGAGAUACAAUAUAUGUCACAAUUGUACAUGAUGUUGGUGAUCUAGAAGCUAUAACUAUUUCCAAAUUACACUUUAAGCCUGCGUCAGAGUCUGGGAGUGGGAGUGGUGGAAGUCGAAGCAGCAGGAUAUCCGAUGUGAGCAGCAUAUCCCGCACUACAUAUUCUUCUUCAGGUUAUUAUGGGGACAAAAGUUCUUCGUCAUCAAAUUCAUCUCGUCGCACUUCCAUGUUCUCGACAGCAGAGUCUUCAAGAUUAUCUGUUGGUAGUGUUGUUACUGUCUCAUCACCUCCAAGAGAAAUACAAAUUAUUGCAGAGCACAGUAAAAAGGAUCUUGCUUCUCAAAAGGCUCAAGAUGAUGGACUUUUUCGUGUUCCAGCUGCACACCCUCGAGCCCAGGCUGGUGUGAAAUUACCUGACACGUCACAAAAAGUAACUGAACCGAUUCUCCAGAUUCCUGUCCCUCAAAGGUUGGCUGCACAAAAGGCAUUAGCUGCCACAAAAAAAUCACCACCUUCAUCAUCAUCAUCAAGUACUGACAGUAAAAUGCCUUCAGCAGAUAAACCAAGGAGAGGUCGAGGUCGAGGAAGAGGAAGUAGAGACACUGGCAGAGGUGGUUCAUCAGGUUCUUCCUCAGGGCCUCGAGGUCGGGGACGGGGCAGAGGCCGUGGAAGAGUCCCUGUUGCUAAGUCAUCCACUGAGACAGAAGAAGAAGACCAUGAAUAUGAUGAAGAAUCACCUGACUUUGUUGAUGCAUUGCCAUCAGAAGGCAAGUCUUCAGGAAACAGCAAAUCAGAUGCAGACAGUGGUGCCUCAUCAGCUAGUGUUACCAAAACAGCCAGGGGCCUGGGAGCCAUCUCAGAGCUUCUGAGUUCCUUACCUGAAGAUAUAUGGAAAGUGUUGGAAAAUUCCCAGGUCCCACUUUCUGAAGAGGAAGAAGAGGCCUUUGUCCGUCUAGGAGGAACUGAAGCAGAGGAGAGACAACUAGCCCAGGUGCUGAAAAGAGUUCGAGAAGCAGAACUAGAUAAGGGUUUGCUUGUGUUUGCUCGUUUCACAGACAAUAAUUUUUACUCUGCAGUUUUACAUGAGAGGGAUGGAGCUGACCGAUGGCAUGUGCAGUUCACUCUAGAUCAGUAUACUGCAUCUGUACGAGAUGUUUACCUGUUACCCACAGAUCUGUUACCACGGGGUCAUCACUGCUUUGUUCGACAUCAGACAGAGCAUUACAGCGAUCCUGGUGUAGUAAAAGGGCACAUUAGAGUUGGAUCUACACUUCUUCAUAUUGUUGAGACUGACAGGGGAGUCACACAGAGAGUACCACACUCCCACCUUCUGCUUACAGGUCCUCAGGCACAUGAUCUUUUGCAGGCCAGAUUAAACUUUCGUUCUAUGGUUGCCUCACCUGGCAGAGAUGUGUCUUUGGAUAACAUAGUUAUGGGAAGAAGACGGCGCACAACCCAGGAUCAGUUUUCAUCACCACGCUCUAAAAAGGCUGAUGAAAAUUUGGACACUAGUGAUGCCACUGCUGGUGAAUCUGAGGACCUGAAUAUAAAUAUUGGUCGUUCUCCAAUUAAAAGAGGGCUGUCUGCCAGAGGAAGAAGAGGGGCUAAGAGAAGAAAUCUUUCAGUUCUCCCUGAAGAAAGUGAGAGUGAAGCAGAAGUUACUCCAGGGCCAGACUCUAAAAGAGGAGGUAGAAGAGCUGGAACUCCCAAAGUCGUUCAAACUCCCAGAACUCCCAAAACUCCCCAUGCUAGUGCACUUAUUGAAGCCCAGAGUGAGGAAUUACCUGAGAAAAAAGAUCUUCCAACAGAUGCAGAGAAGGAACCCUUGCCACCCAAGAUCACAUUAUUGCAGGUGCAGGAGCCUAUACUAAGCACUCCUCCUAAAAAGCGUGGACGACCCGCAGGGCAGAGCAGUGGGACUCAGACUCCAAAGAAGCUGCUCAGAAUUGAUGAAGAAAUUCCUCCUGAUCCUCGCCUUGGCCCACUGCCCCCAGAAAGCAGCCAGAUAUUUGCAGAGGGCCUACCAACCUUUGACAAGGACUACUUAACAAAGCAGUUCACCAGAGGAGGUGGCAGAGUCCUUGAAAAAUAUGCAGAAGCAGAGAUCAUACUGGCCGAGCAAGGAAGAUCUUCAGUUGGUCGACAGGUCACCCCGAAAGCUAAGAAAAAGUCUGGAACGACCUUGACCACUUUGCUGCUCAUUUCUAACACUUAUUGCCGUACUGCCAAAUAUAUACAGUGUUUGGCAGCAGGUAUACCCAUAGUGUCCUUCCAGUGGGUCAUAGCUUCAUGUGCACAGAACAAAGAAAUUUCGUGGAGAUCAUUCUUGCUUCCAGCGGGGGAAAAAUACUCAGGUGAACUGAGUGAGCAGAUGAUCCGUCUGGAGGAAGACUCUCAGACUGGCCCACUGCAACUCCUCACCGGGGAACGAAUAUUCCUUGCAACAUCCAGCAACCCAGAGUUUAGCCCACUUUGGCAGCCCCUUCUGGACACCACAGGUGCCAAAGUGCGAGUGAAACCUGCUCGUAAUGGUAAUCUGAACAGAGUCCUGGACAAGAGCAUAAAAGUAGUGGUUGCUGAUCCUACCAUCCCAGAGGCAGAGAAACAGCGAGCAGAGCAGCUUUCCAUACCCGUUGUAUCAACAGAAUGGGUAAUACAAUCGCUCAUUGCUGGGAAACGCAUCUCAUAUGGAGCAUAUCCAAGUUUCAGAUAUGACUACCGUGACUCGGCAACACCAAGCAAGUUAGAUAAAAAGUAGAGCUCAUGACGGCUUACUCCCUGAUCCUAAACUCCAGGUUGAGGGUAAGGACUUUAUGUAAUUCGUAAUGUAGGAUGAGUUUUGAGAUCGUUUCUUUCUUGCAUCAAAAUUAUUGCUAUUUGUAAUUGAAAGACUACUGCCUGCAAUUCAUGCUGAAUAAGUGAUUAAAUUGUUUCAAACAUGAAACUCUCACACAACCAUAUCAUGAAAAAUCAUAUUUCAGCACUUACUUCACUAUUUUUAUAUGUAAUGGUAGUUUGAAUUAUUGUAAUAUAGAAAUGGUAUAUAUGUGAGCCACUCAUUGUGAAGAUUGUUUCAUAUUUACUUUUUAAAAUAUUAGUUAUAAAAGAAAUAAAUGAAGAGUAUGAAUAUACAAACCAUUUAUUUGGAGAAGUAGAAAGUAUAUCUAAAAGAAAUACAUUUUAUUUGUUUAAUUGCAAAGAAAGAGUAAUCAUUAUAUGAAACUUGUAGUAGUUAGAUAGUAGAGUAGUAAUAGUACAACUUUGGUAUUGCAGCAGUUUUAAAGAAAUUUUACCAGAUUCAUACUUAAGGAGAUAGAGAAGAAAAAACUAGGUUGACAAUAGCACAAAAAUAGAUAAGUUACGUAGGAAACAUCCCAGAAUGGGAUGAAAAAGAGGUUAGAGUUGUUCACGUUGGGGGAUGUUGAUGGAUAUCAACAGCAGUACCAGCUUUUCUAUGUCAAGUUGUAUAUAUAUUGUACUUUUACCAAAGUAUAAAAAUUUUAAAUUUCUUGUUGAUACAACUUUGUACCUUGUUAUAAUAAUUAAUUAUUAUUGUAAAUCAGAAAACCAACAACAAAUAUUAAAGUAGGAGCAAUGCUUUAUGUGCUCUGCAUCUAUAUCAUAGUGUUGUGUUUUAGAGUUGAAGUGUAAAUCCAAAACUGUGAUGUUCAGUUUGAUUUAUUUUCUUUCAGCAUUGUAAAUGCAUUUGUUGCAAGUAGGCAUUAAAAAAAACAUUGUCAGUGUGACACAUUGUCUUAAUACAAGUACAGAAGUCAAUAUGGCUCUCUUUCAAAGUUAGAAACUUGAUUGGUUGUCAGAGCAGUUCCUUUACUUAUUGCAAGAAAAGUGAAAAAGGCAGUUUUUGUUUUCAACUAGAUUGUUUUAGGUAUGUACAAUUGUGUUUAGGUAAUGGUAUUGAUACAGUUAGUAGGUUACCAUCUGAUUUGUACAGUUUGAGAAAGCACUAGCUGUAAUUUACACCAGCAAUAAUGAUUUUGGUCAUUUUUAUGUUUAUAUAUUAUUUUAGCUUGAUGAGAUCAUCACAACAGAGAGCAUUUAACAAGUAAAACAGGUAGUUAUUGCCACCAACUUCUGUAGUGAUAUCUGUGGUAGCAACAUAGUUGGUACUGCAAAUGUUUUAGUGAUUCCACACAUAGAGCCAGAUAUUCAAGGAGGAAGCAUUUUUUUUCUGUCCAGAAUAGGCGUAUGCUUAUUAUAUGGUCUGGUAGGUUAUGAAGAUGAGUCUUGUUAGAAGAGAAGCCAUAUUAUUAAAUGGUGUGAAGGCAGUGUUCAGUUAAAAACUGGGCAACCCUUCACUUAAAGGGCAUUUUAGUUACAACUCCUCUGUUUUUUGUUAUAAGUUCUGCUUAUAAUGCAUAUUUUUUUCUUUUAUUUCCAUAGACGAGUCUUAAUGAUGCAAUCUGAUAUCUGUUAUGUGAUAUUUUCAAGGAAAGCAUAUUCUCUGCUUGAGGGUUCUAUAUUACAGUAAUGCAGUACUUGGUCAUUCUGUUAGAAUUAUGGUAAAUAUUCAUGUGAAGGCAACUUGUGCUCAAGCAGAGACUAACUAUAUUACUGCAUUUUUUAAUCAUAUUUUUAGUCAUAACUCUUUUUUUCCAAUAAUUGCCUCUAUAAACUAGGGGACGUUUUUUUUUAAUGAAUCAUUUAGGUGUAUCACCUACUUAUUUUUUAUACCUCAAUUUUUUUAUUAUGUUUUUUUUUUCUCCAUGCAUAGUGUGAUGUUACAUGUAAGUGGUGUAUUCAUAUUUAGAAAAUUCAUUGUAGUGUCUCUCUUCAACAACUAUUUGUGUAAAUCCAUGUUUUUUGGCAGCAGGACCAUUUCGGUAGAUAAUUACACAAUUUUUCAAAGUAGUGAAUUAAAUGGUUAGCACUUAAAAAGAAAAGCAUAAAAGGUUAACAACUAAGGAAGACUGUACUACUCGUGAUAGUUCAGUCAGUUGUGCCACUCGCUAAAAGACCGGGUUAAUGAAACAGUUGCUUUUGCCAAAGUAAGUACAAAAAAUGAGAUACAUUACAUUCCAAGUUUUAGAGUGUGUUCUUUUUUGACAUAUAUCUGAAGGCCUUCUUCUUAAUCCUCUGUGUGCCCCAAGAAAUCUGUUAGAAUGGAAUUACCAAAUUUUGUAAAGGACUACUUCCAGGUCCCAGUCCACAAAAAAAUAUAAUGGCCUUUCUCUAUGCACUGUCGUCAUCAUGUGGCAAAGAGAGUUCAAAUUUUGCACAUUUAGUAGUAUAUAAAAAAGACACACACACACACACACACAAAGGGUUAAUUUAGAGGGGCAGAUAUUCUGUACUGCCUUCUGCUAUUGGAUGUGAAUGGAAUAUAGUGGAUCCUUUUAUAACUCACACAUACAGAGCUGCCAAUCUUUCCUAGUCACAGCUAUUGCCAUUAGUACUCUGGAUACAGUUACAGUUACAAAUACAAACAUUUAUAUCAUUAAAAAAAUUAUUAAAGAAAUUAGUAAUCCUUGGUUGAUAGCUCUGUAGGUAAACUUACCCAUAUGCACAAUCAACUCUUUAAUAAUAGAAGAAGGAGUGGUAAAUGAAUGAGAUAAAUGCUGAUUAGUCUAAAAGCUAUCCAUGUAAAUCAAACUUGUGCACAAAAGUUCUUAUUAGAUGAAACAGUCAAAAAGACAGAAAUAAAGGUUUCAAUUCAAAGUGAAACACUGACCUACUUAAAACCUGUUAUAUUGGUCUUGAUGUGUAUAUUGAUUUUUUUUUUCCCCUAAAGUAUUUUUUAUCUUUCUCUUUAGCUUAUCCUUGUCCUUUCUCUGUACCCAUCUGUAUUUCUUCAUACUCCCUAACAGUACCUUCUCCUUUGUGUAUCAUUGUCUUGAUCACUUUUGAAGGAAAUGAGAUCCCAGAUUUUCAUUUAUAGUAAUAAAGUAUUAUUUGUUCAUGGCAUUUUAAAGCAUGUUUGAAAGAGAUCAGUGUUGCAGUCCACAGACUGUGAGUAAACAUUUCCAUGGAAAGCUUCAGGCAUUUAUAAACAAAAAAGAUAUUUAUACAUGUACAUAUUUCUUUUGCCUAUUAAUUUUGUAGUAAAGCAAGUCCAAGAAAAAAAAAAUGUCAAUUGGCAAAAGGGAAGUUACCUGUAGAUAUUUACCAGUAUAAGAAUUUAAUAAACUGUGUUCUCCUUUUUAUAAUCAUUAUUAUUAAUGGCUUCCUCCUUCAGCAAAUGGAAAAAUAAACUUUAGUUAAAUGUGAAAUCUUAAGUGUAUGACAAAUCCCUGCCUCUUAAAACAUACUUGGAAUGCAUGUAUGCUGUGCCAUAUAUAUGUCUUUAAAACAUGAA